AUGACUGAUGAUGGUGUCGGUGAAUCCUGCGACGCGAACGACGAGGAUAUUACCAUGAGGCUACCGUCUAUUGUUGACUGUCGGUCUCCAUUCAUACGAAAACCAAGCGAAUGCUCUUGCCACGUGCCCAAUGAGGACGGCGGGUCAGAUAUCUUGUCGUGCACGCCUACCCAUGGGGAUCGCGCCAGCGGCCAGGAAACGGCUGCCUCUUCUUCAGCUAUCAACAGCCUCGCGUCGUUUCACGCGGAAGAAUGGCUCGGUAUCGGCAAAACACGGAGCAACGGGAUUCCGGUUCACGUUCGCCACGCCAGGGAUCAUGCGCGUACGAUCCCGCAGAGCCUGCGAUCCACAUUCAUUCCGAAAACAUCCCUCACCGUCGAUGCACUUCUUUGCUUUCAACCUCCGCUGCGGCCACCUACCACUUCCGCCUCGGUCGGGGUGCGUUUCAGCCAAGACUUACCCUCUGUCUUGGUCCAAGACAAUGACUUUAUGCUCGAUGAGGAGGCCCUACAGCAUAUCAUGAGUGCUGUCGAGCAGGUCAGCAGCCUACGCCAGAUCUUCAACGAUGCCUGGCUUACCCUCCUGGGCGAACUCGAGACGUCAGAGCGGAAACACAAGAAGUGGCUCCGAGCGUCUGCAUGGCUCAACCGUGUAGCCGACGGCAAUCGAAGCUGCGUGAUGCUCGCUGACUGGAAGAGCGCAGGGAGACAUGGACGAGUGUGGCUUGGGAUUCGACUGUCCCCGGCUUUAGUAGCCCCAGUGCUAUUGACCACCGAAGACCUGGCAUCCCUCCUUUCCGAUCAGUGGGUCAACGGUGACAUGGUUAAUGCUGGGCUGGAUUCUCAUCUCCCGACGACUCUCAGAGAACAGCCGUACUCGCGUCGUGCUCUGCCUAUUCAAGUUGAAGAACUCGUGUUCACCCUGUUCGUACACAACUCCCGCUGGACGGUUCUUGUCAUAUCACUCCCUACGUAUACCUAUACGUACUGCGACUCUAAGAAUGCUGCCGCCAAACCGCCGAACAAAACGAUCAAACUUCUUGAGUGGUGGCUGGGUCAUCUGUGCUCUGACCUUGUCGCAAAAUCACUCAUCGUGUCGCCUUCGCCCUCUUGCUUCUUCAUUAAGAACCAUGGACACAAUCGACAUCAGCCCAGCAUCGAAUGGAGUGGUAUCUUCGGCUUUCCGAAGCGCUGCAAAAUGCUAGCGAGAAAUGCUGCGACGGACACAGACGGUGACGUCUGUGACUCGGACCCUGCUAUCAUACCUUCAUCAGUCGACUCUACCACCUUCCCUUCCACGUCGUCUGGGACCCGACUCGGCAAGCGCAAACACGAGAAGACGUCAUCGACCUCUACACUAAAGCCUCCAUGUACACCCACUACUGCGACGAAGGCUAGGGCUUCUGCUGCACUCGCUCAAGCUGUCGCUGACUCGUCAGAGGGUGAUUAG